UGUUUGUUGAAUCAAUGUCAGGCUCCAAAACUCCAACUUCUUCUAGCAAGCGAACAGUGAUGACCCAGGAUGAUAUAUAUGCGGCACAAUGCAAACAUUGCAUGAAAUGGAGAGUGAUUGAUACACAGGAGGAGUUUGAGGAGAUCCGUCAUAAAAUCAGUCAAGAGCCUUUUGACUGUAGCAAAAAGGCUAAUUGUAGUUGUGAUGAUCCUGCUGAUAUCGAAUAUGAUUCUUCUCGGACAUGGGCUAUUUACAAGCCUAACAUUCCAAAGACUCCACAAGGUUUCAAGAGAACCUUGGUGCUUAGAAAGGAUUACUCUAAAUUGGACUCUUGCUACAUCACACCUACUGGUAAAAAACUGAGAACCCGCAAUGAGAUAGUAACAUAUCUUAAAGAUCAUCCACAACCAAGUGGUAUAUCGGCUUCAGAAUUUGAAUUUUUAUCCCCAAUGGUUAUGCAAGACACAGUCCCAGAAUAUAUUGUGCAACAAAAGAAUUCUGCGAAUAAAAAAGCUAAGAUAUCUAAAGAUGAAGUUUGA